AUGCCCUGCUCUUGGAGAACUUCUGACCUACAGUUACUACUGAUGUUGACUGUCUUCUCAGUGGCUGAGUACAUAAGUGCAUCAAACAACUCAACACAGCAAAUAGGUAAGAACAAUUGCAUUUCACCUGUGGACAGAAAGCAGAACCUUUCACUGGUAACACAUCCUGCAGAAGCUAAUACUUUCCUGCCUGUACUGGUGGAUACAAAGGCUGUGCUCUCUUGCCCUCAUAUCGUGUUGACAAAUGCGCUUUUAACAAUUUGGGAAAUAACCCUCGGAGACAAGCCUUUCUGCAUCAGAACCCACAGGAGAGACACAAAUGAGACCAUAGAAACAAACUGCACUGACAAGAGAAUGACCUGGCCCGACAGACCUGACCAGAUUCCUGCCCUUCAGAUUAACCCAGUGGCCAUCACUCAUGAGGGGUAUUACAGGUGUGCAGUGGUAACACCUGAUGGGAAUUUCCAGAAUAACUAUCACCUCCGAGUGCUAGUGGCCCCUGAGAUGACUCUGUUUCAAAGCGAGAAUAGAACUGCGGUGUGCAAGGCAGCUGAGGGGAGGCCAGCUGCCUGGAUCUCCUGGACCCCAGCAGGAGACUGUGUCCCUGAGCACAUAGAUUGGGGCAAUGGCACAGUGACUGUCCAGAGCAUGUGCCACUGGGCGGAUGGCAAUGUAUCUGUUGUGUCCUGCUCUGUCUCCCAUGAGACUGGCAACUGGAGUCGGUCCAUAGAGCUGAAUCAAGGUGCCAAAACAUCAAAAACCCUAAUUAUUCUAUAUAGCAUCCUUCCUGUUAUUAUCUUGGUCAUCGUGGGAUUCGUUUGGCUUUUGAAAAUCAUUGGCUGCAGCAGAAUAUAUAAAUUGAAAAAAACAGAACCUACUCCAGGUGGUGAGGAGGAUGAAAUGCAGCCUUAUGCCAGCUAUACGGAGAAGAUCAAUCCACUCUAUGAUACUACAAACAGGGUGAAGACAUCUCAGGUGUUACAAAGUGAAGUUGAUGGGAUGAAUCUCCAUACUUCAUAA